AUGCUCUCCAAAUCCCUCCUCAUCUCGCUGUGCGUCAGCCGCGCACUCGCCCGCUUCGGCCAAGAACAAGUCCCCAUCGCCGCCAUCCAAAAAGUCCAAGCCGGCGACCCUGGCGUUGCAUCAACAAUCGCCGGCGCAGCAAUAAGCGACAUCCUGGGCGCUGCAAACUCCUGCGCAAAGCUCCAACGCGCCGACGAAAUCAUGACCAAGCUCGGCGGCGGCGCCGACGCACUCGCCGCCGCCAUCGGCAUGGUGACCGCAGAGAAGAACACAAACCCAUUCGUGGGCGGCAAUGUGCAGAACGUAUGCGCAGAUGCGAGUCUACCCGCCACACCGGAGUUGAGGGGCAUCACGCCGCUUAUUGAUCCCGAUGUGGAUGUUGAUGGGAAGGUGGCGGCGUUGAGUAAGAGUUCGGCUGCGAGUCCGUUGGCGGCGGAUGGGUUGAGUGUGUUUGAGGUUAUGCAACAGGCUGGGUUGGCGGAUUUGGUUGUGGCGCAGGACGCGGCGGGUGGUGCUGGACAGGGAACGGCGGGCAAUGGGACGGCUGCUGGGUCGAGUGGGAAUGCUAAUAACAGCGGCAACAACAAUAAUAACGGCAAUUCUAAGGGUAACUCUAACAACAGCGGCAAUGGCAACAACAACUCUAAUAGCAACACCAAUAACAACGGCAACGCCAACUCGAACACCAACGCCAAUAGUAAUACCAACUCCAACAACAACGGUAAUAGCAAUACGAAUUCGAACUCUGACACCAACUCCACAUCAACAUCCACCACCACCGCAGACUUCGGCCUCUGCACCCCCACCAUCUUCUUCGCAGGCGGUCUCAACUCGCGCCCCGCCACAGAAUUCACCUUCCAAAUCACCGACCCGUUAGCCCGCGGCGGCCAGCAAGAAGCCCUAAACCCCAACAUCAUCACAAACGCGCUCUGCAACCAGCUGACAAAUGUUUGCAACGCGAAUGACGCCGCGAAACAGAUUUGCGCGGAUGCGAAAGCGAAGGUGGCGGCGGCGGGGACGAGGGAUCAGAGUACGGCGGAUUUGUUCAAUGCCGCGGUCGGGUUUGCGGGCGCGGGUGGGAGUGCGAGUGCGAGGAGAGCGAGGAGGGGCUUGAUGGGGAGGGACGCGAAGGAGGCGUGUCAGAUUUGUGAGGCGGAGUGA